AUGCUGAGUAGAAGGAUUUCAGUCGCACUUAGGAAUUUGGGUACUCCUUUCCGCUCUAUACAAACAUCACAACCUUUGGAUCCUAAUACAACCCAAGAGAAACAACUAUCAACGAAGGAUGCACUCAAUUUACUUCAAUCACAAUCAAAGCAUUUCAUUAUGGGAAAAAUAUACGAUAGAAGCUAUCUUCUCACACCCGGCGAUCUAGUCACUUUACCAAGAAUACAGCAGCCUUUAGGAAGCGUCUUGAAUUUGUCACAAAUAUCUCAAGUUGGUAGUAGGGACUUCACUAUAAAUGGCAAACCUUUCGUCAGCAAUCUUUCCAUUCCACUUACCGUCGUUGAACAUACAAGAGGUAAAUUAGAGCACAAGAUUAAGUUCAAGAAGCGCAAAGGUUACAGACGUGCUAUCCCUUCAAAACAACCAUACACAAGACUUAGAGUUGGUCAAAUUAACUGGCAAUCCUAAUUAAAGACUCCUUUUCAUGCAUUAUUCACGUUAUA